CAAGCUCAGCGUAAACUUGCAUUAAAAUGGCACUUUCUUUUAAUAUAACCUGUUAGAUCUGCUUUCAAAGGACAUUUUUUGUUUUUCCACCUGAUAAAAGGUAAGCAGCCAUCGUUUUAGUGCCCAAGUCAUCUUUUUUUAGGUUUUGAUGCCAGUUUAAAUUUGUCCGUGAGGUCUGUCACAAACGUAAUAUAGUAACCGGAUGAGAAAGUUAUUGGAAGCUAAAUGAAAUUUUGCAGAUUUGCGAACCGGUGUUAGUAUAUAUAAUAUGCUAAUCACGCUGUGAGCUAAGAUUUCUUCCAGUUCACUUUUAGAUAACUUGCAAAAGUUGUCGUGUUGUCACCGUUAUUUUACGAAUUUGUGCUUGGCUUAUGGCAGAUGGUGUAGGGUUUCUGAAGUGGUUGCGCUCAGAUCCACAAAGAUUUAUUACAGAGAUAAUUUUAGCUGAUUUGGGUCUCUGUUUCAGAUCCAUGUGAAUCGUCCAUGUGAUGAGGUCUUCUCUGUUUGCAAUUGCUUUUGGCGUAUGUUUGGUAAGGAGAGCAAACUUUGAGUUAUCAAUAUAAACAGCUGUGAAUGCUCAGUCACCAUAUUACGGAUUUCGCGCCUUCUUAAAUUUAUGAGCUUCAAACUUUCCACUUAAAAUAAAAGGUCGUGAGAAAUAAUCGUUUACCACGCUUUAGAUAACCUUAUGUAAAAAAAAUAUUUGGUGAUUGAUAAUUAACUGAUUAAGAUCACUUUUAAAACUGCACAACUACACCAAAGCUGAAAGAUCUCGAUUGAGAAUGACGUUACUUUAAUAGGUAGGCUUAAUAAUAUUAUUGGUCGAAUCAAUGAACAUUUGAAUAUUAAAAUGGUUGAAAAUAGUUUCUUUGUUGAUGCUGUUUUAUGAAAGAUUUGAAAUAAACAUAUAUGUACUAAUUUACUAUUACCAGUACUCUUUGGUUUUUGUUCAGCAUUCUGGCCCUCAUUAAGUUGAAAGACCCAUAGCCUGUUCCAGGCUGUGAGAUAGUCAGGUCCACUGAAUUGAGAAAGCAUAAACACGAAAAUAAAACGGGAGGAAACUGGGAAGAGCAGGGGCGGCAGAGCCUGUAAUCAUUUCUUUAAACGACCUGUUCUGGUAUACCAGCUCCUGGUAUAUCUGAUUGGUCAGAUUUCACGGAUUAUAUCCACACUCUCAAAACGUGUCAUUCCUGUCACUCAGAGGGAUGGGGUGCAGCGUCCAUGCACAUGAAAUAGAGGAAUCCACGACAACUUCUGUGUUGAAUGAAUGUUUUACGAGAUUUCCUGCACUUGGGAGUGCUGAGGAAGGAACAGAAGACCGGCCUUGUGAACUUGGCACGUGCAAAAAAGUGUUUUUGUAAUCCUGCCGACUGGCUUCUGUCUUGUCUGAUAACAAAGUGGCAAUAACAGAACAGUCGCAAGGAGUUAUCUAUAGCUACUUGCUCCAGUCCAGAUUCAUAUCAUCUUUAGAUCUCUUAAGAAGAAGAAAGUGGAGUUUAAAAAUCAUUGCUUAAGAGCAAUCUUGACUGACUCACAACGUAGUUCGAAUCUCCAUGUUUAAAAAGUGGCUUCAGUUUAAGCUGCAAGCCAUUCUUCGAAAUUUGGAUCUGUGAAUCACCAUCCGUGAGAAUUUCAGAUCCUGCCAAAUCACUAACGAACUGGGCCCAGCGUGACAAAACUCACUGUAGGAGACCAUCAGAUCACAUUCACAGACAAUUUACAAAAGAAAAUCGCUUUCAGUGAUUCAGAUCAAGGAGGGACUUUGGAGAAAAUUAAACAACCUAAAACCCUUAUUUAGCCACAAAGAAGAACUUUACGUUUCAAAAAAAAAAAGGUAAAAGUCGUGUGUUGCCUACCAACCCACUUUUUACACUCCAGAUUGCUCUUACUUGCAUAAGGGAUAAGCGCCGCACAAAAUAAUCUCGCAAGAAAUUUGAGAAAGAUUCCAAGUCAUUGACAUUUCAACAGUUUGACAGCCAAAAUCUAAUUAUCUCAAACAUGCCAAAAGUGGGUGGAAGAGGGUCGUAAAAUAAAUGAUUACGGGCUCUCUCUCCCUUCGUUUUUCCUUUUUCCUUCCCCACCAACUUUUUGUGUACCUGAAACAGGCUUAAAGACCCAGGGCUCGGUUCCUGAAAGGCCAAUUAGCAUUAACGCAGGAUUAAAGAUUUGUUCCGUUUUUGUCUUUUACAUUCCUAUGCAUAAUGGGUAGAGUAACAUUUUGUGUUAUCAUUUCUGUAUCUCAUAGUAUUUUAAGGCUCAAAAGUAUUUUGUAACCUCGAGUUACAUGUUCUUAGAUGAGAAAACCAUGCUUGAAAUUUGGCUUAAUCCUGAGUUAAACUUAACCAUCCUUUGGGGAACCGGACCCAGAAUGAUAAUUGUUCUAGUGUAAUAUGCAGGUGUGCAUAACCAGGUAUCCAACACCUGAUCAUGCACACCUGUAACUCGAACCCUUGCUAACCCUAACCUUCAGUCACACCUUUAUGUGCAACUGCACCUGGACCUGCAAAUUAUAUAACAUGUAAUCAGAGCAUUAUUGUUGAUUGUCAUUUGUCACUUUGAGUUUGAACUGAUUGAUUCCACUUAAGAUUAAUGUCCAGCUGCUGUUUGCACUCCUCCCCCUGAAAAAAUGUCUGGAUGUGUAGAUUUGUUAUUGUCAAUUUCCAAACAUCAGAUCUUUGUCUACCCAGCAAAUUUAUUUUCAUAGAGCAGACUUGAAACGGUAGACCGGCCUGCAACAAAGGUUGUUUUAUGUGCAGUGCAAUCGUGUUUGGGAUCGUUUUAAGGAUAAAAACCUUAAAUAUUUACAAUUUUUCUUCAAAGGUCAUACAGCCGAUUAACAGCAGAGUAAUUUGUGGUAAAAACCAGUACAGAAUUGUUAAUUCAACUGGAACUUUUCAGAGAUGUCUGUACUGUGAUACAUGCCACAAGGGAUUUGGAUUACACCCAGAAUGUGGCAGUACACUGCUAGAUCCUCCAACGACUGGGUGCCAUGCCUGCAAAGUGGGAACAUUUUCCAGUGAAUAUGAUUCUUCUCCAUGUAAAGCUUGUCAUCAUUGUGCAGAACAUGAAAUAAAAAAUGCAGAGUGUACCAACAAAAGUGACACAGUGUGCAGUGGAAAGUGUGAGCAGGGAUAUUUCAUGAGCAAGACUGUUCAUAACUGCCAGGAGUGUUCUGCCUGUUGUUUGGAUGGAAAAGAUGAAAAGGUUCAAGAAUGUGCCAGACUAGCUAUAGACAAAGAUUGCAGUCCUAGGCCUGAUAGAAAUUGUGGAAGUUCUAAUCCGGGUGCAUCUGAUUCUAAAAAACCUCUUUCAAUAAGUUAUAUAAUCAUUAUUGUAUUUGGUGUGUUAGGUUUUUUAGUUGCUGUGUGCUUGUUGAUUUUAAUGGCAUACUGUUGGCAGAAAAGACAUAGGCAAUCAGGACAACAACCUGAGGAACAAAGAAAUGGAUCAGCAAAUACAUCAUGUACGUUUAAUUUCCUAUUCCAAACAUUUCUGUAAAAUAGUUUAAAACUGUAACAGUUAAAAGUUUGAAUUCAGCCAAUAUCCAGCACCUAAUGCUUGAUCAAUAAUUCUGCUUAUAAAUUGUUGUUGUUGUUGUUUUUUUUUCAGCAUCACACAAAUAUGUCAGGGAAGGCCCAAGAACAGAGUCUAAAGUUACAUUUGACAGUCACUGCGGUGUUAAUCCUUCCUAUCAUGGAACUCCCCGGGCAUUACGAGAAGAAGUGAAAGUAGAGGAACCAAAACCUGUACCAUGUAAGGUCCAUUUAAGUUACUGUGUAAUUUACAAACCUAAACAAAUGUAUUGUAACUGGUCAUUACUGCAAUAAUAUUUAAGUAAUGCUGGCUCAAGUUGCAUUUAUUUUAUAGCGGAUUAUUACAUGGCUGUGUGGAGAUAUACAAGAUUUUGAUUUUUCUUUGUGUCUUUGAAAAUUUUUUUCACGAGUGAGUUUUGCAAACAUUAGUGAAAUAUUUUCCAACACCCAUUGAAAAAUUCAUAACAAAUGUGUGGCCAUGUUUAACACAAUAUAAUACCAGCCAAUUUUACAUUAACUUUUUUUUUGCGGCAGUAAUCUUUUCACUAGUGAUGAAGAUACAUCUAACAUGUUUUCGCUCAAAAGCUUGCCUGGUGUUUAUAUACAAUAAAAUCCCACCUUAUGGCCACCUUGGUGAUACGGUCACCUCAUUAUUGCCGCCAUUUUUCUGGCUGCCUGGAAAAACGGCCAUACAUUUUCUUGUAAAAAAAAAAACCCUCGUUAAUACAGUCACCCGUUAAUAUGGCCAACUUUUUUUUGGCUUAUUGGUAACCAUAUAAACUGGGGUUCCACUGUAGUAAUAAAAGUCCUUUCUAAGUGUUUGGGCAAAAUUUAAUAUUAUAAUUAUGUGAAUCUUAGAUGGUAAAGAAUACAUCAUGAAGCACGUGUAACCUGCUGUACCGUGUCCUGGUGUAUAAAGACAUGUAACAUGGUUUUGUUAUUUUUUUCUUGCAUCAAGAACGUGGUUUCAUGCAUCAGAUCAUCUGCAUAAAAUCUCCCUAUUAUCAGUCGUUUAUACCUAAAAAAAGAAAAUGUAUCCACUUGACAGAUGUAAAGGUCAGAACACACCAGGUGACAUGUAAUGUUGCUGCAACAUGUGAUGGUGACAAAUUGUCCUUGCCUGCGUAUACAAGUCGGGUGACAAGUUGCACCACCUGAUACAGCAAUAAUUGCUGCUGUGCACUACGUUUUAGAUAAUUUUUGUACAAAAAAUUGUCUCUGCAACGUUCUUGGUAUUAAACACAUUUUUGUGACUGCAACAAGCUGCACAAAUUUAAUUUGAUUUGAUUUUGUGUGAUGUUGCAGCAACACAAUUCUGUUGGGGAACCAAAGAUUUUCACAAAAAAUUCUCCAGUUCGCACAGUUAAAGUGAUUUUGUAGCAACAUUGUGUUGCCACUGUGUGUUUCUACAACUUGCCAUCUAGUGUGUUCCAACCAUAACGGUUUAAAAUUUGUUUCUUGUAGUCCACAUUUGCAAUCAGAAUUGCAAGGGUAUAUUACUGUACAUCUAUAAGUACAGUGACAUCAGGUUACUUUUUAUUUAACUUUGAGGACUAAAUGAUUGAUUAAUUUGAAGUUUGUUUUUGUCCUUAAACAGGUAAAGAUGGUAUUGCUUUAGUGGCUCUGCCGGAAGAAAAACAGAAAUCAACAAAUAACAAAAAUAAUGACAAGCCUUCAGUCGUGAGCCGACAAGGCAGCCAAGAUUCACAAACCAGUGGUCAGUAAUAUUAAAUUUAUAUUAUUUCAAAUAUUAUAUUUAUAAAUAUUUUUUAUAUUAUUUCAAAUAAUACUGUUUUUUAAAUUGUUUUUAAUAUUUAAUUUCUUUUUUUAGGUGAUUUUAGAAAGCGCAGUUUCUCCUCAAGAAGUAUUGGAGAGUUAGUAGAGAAAAUCGGCUCAUUGAAAAGGGAUAAUUCUCUUUUAGAAUCUGAUGAGGUAUAAAUUUAUUUAGUUCCAUUAAAACAGUAAUUCUUCGUGACGUUUGUUCAUUGUGAUCGUCCAAUUUAAAAUUUUUGUCAUCAGCGUUUGGCAUAAAAAAAGUGUUAAAAAAAUCCUUAAGAACAACAACAACAACAACAAAACAAACAAAAGAAAAAGAAAAACAAUAGAACGCAUUUUUUUUAAGUGAAGUCAGUGUGUUUAAACACAAAGUACAGUAUGUUGCCCAGUAUCCGGACACUUCAGGUAAGAUUGCAAUAACUUUCCUUUGUUAAUCGCAAGGGCUCUGAAAUUUGGCCCAGAGAAAAUCUAUUUAGUCCUUAAUAUGACGAAAGACUUAACUUUUUUGCCUUUGUUUCCAUCGCGAAAUUAAUAUUUUUGCAGAGCUCCUAUGUUGCCCAGUAUCCGGACACAACAAUAACAACGCAAUUGUACGUAAAUUUCGACAGGCAAGCGACUGAUAAGCUUCUCUUGCACUUGCAAAGUAGUCGGGCGAUCUGUUCCAAAAAUAUAACCUGGCAUCGUGAAAUAAAACAUAACAAAUGACUGGGGUAAUUGGUGGGGAACGCGAGCGGCUGUUUUAAUCAAAGGCUCCUAGUAGCGAGCUCAUGGAUGAAUUGAAAUAGUGUAGAAAAGACAGUUCAAUAAUCAAAGAAAAACAUAUAAAUCUUUUUGAACGGUUCAUUGUGUACGGACUUGCCAAAAUACAGCGUGACUCGAAGUAUCCGAUUGCAUAUGCGCCUGAAUAUUCUAGAAACUUGUUAUCAGCGCAGCAUUUCUACUUACAAAGCAAAGAUCACUUUUAAAGGCAAUUAUUAACGCUUUUUAGUUUUAAAAUAUUUUGCUUUCUCAUGUGACUGUCAAACACUUUCCGAACGACAGUGCACUUUCCGGUCAGUAUAAAACAAGGACUGCGGACUGCGGCCACGGACUGUGGACUGGGUAUAAAAUACGGACUAGGUAUAAAAUGCGGACUCCGGACUGAGUAUAAAACACGGACUAGGUUAAGGUAUAAAACGCGGACUACGGACUAUGUAUGUAAAAACAGCUUUAGAAAGGUAAAACUGAGAGAAAUGGAAAGCGGACUAGCAAAAACAGUAGUCCCAGCUUUAACAUUCCCUUGGCUGUUCACGUAGUAUAUUCUUCAAACGGAGAAGGAAGGUUAUGCCGGUACUCAAGGCAACUGAAAUUAAACUCGGAAUUUUAUAAAAAGAAGGAGUUAGAGGAGAUUUCAAUUUGCAGUUUUAAAGCAAUAAGAAGCACCGAAUUAAAAAAAAAAAUAGUAUUGGUGUUAGUCAGAUCAGUAAAAUUCUUAUCGUAUGCCACAAUUCCGUUUCAAAUAAAGCCUUGGGAAUAUGAGGACUGAAUGAAGAACUCAGAUGAGAAGGUCAAUGGAGGGCAUUCCGCGAUGCACAAAAGCAGUAUUUAGGGGGGAGGGAUUACUCACAUACGUGAAUAAUAACCGAAAUGAGUCAUCCAACGUUAUAUUCUAAGCGAUGAUUACAGAUGACAUGAUUUACACGCUGCUCCUGAUCCCCGGAGGGGGGUACUUCUGGGAAUUCUUGGUGGGGUUGUGGUGCCCGGUUCUCCGAAUCCUGACCUUAUUGCAGACCAAAAAUUGUCAUUUUCCACACCCGUUUUCAGACCAGAUCUCUAAAAUCCAUACCCAUUUUCGGACGUGGCCUAAUUUAGCCUGUUCCAGGCUCUCAGAUAGUAGGGGAGACUCCCCAGUUUUCUCCCGUUUUAUUUUCGUAUUUUCGCUUUCUCAAUUCAGCGGACCCAACUAUCUCGGAGCCUGGAACAGGUUAGGUCUAAUUAGGCAGAAAUUAUGUCAUCAUUACCAAGUUAGAGCGGAAACAAAAAAAUUCUCCAAAUGCAUUUCGAAUUCGCACAUUUGUAUUUCGUUCUUAUUCAUCUGGAAUUGAAAUGAUAAAUACUUCCAUUCAUGUACGCUCCCGUAGUUUCCUCGAAAACCAUACCCGAUUCCAGACCAAAAUGGGCAAAAUGUUUACAGACCGAAAAGGCCCAAAGCCCCUACCCUUCCCUUAUAUAAGGGAGUACCCCCCUGAUCCUGUCCCUUUUCAUGAUUGUUAGAGACCGAGACAAGGUCUAAAAAUGGGUGAAGAAAAUAGCAUUUUGAUCCGGCUCAUGAUUCAGAGAACCGUGCGGCACACCUCCACCAAGAAUUUAUUAGGAGUAUUUACAACUUUAACUCACGUGUCCUGCUAUUUAGCGAUCUUUUGUUCCUAUUUUUCCUUACCUAGAACCAAUUAGCACCGUUUUUACCAAAGUAGUCCGUAGUCCGUAUUUUAUUCCCAGUCGUCCACAGCCCGCAGUCCGUGUUUUAUACCUAGUCCGUGUUUUAUACCCAGUCCAUAUUUUCCAGUCCGCGUUUUAUACCUAGUCCGUAUUUUAUACCCAGUCCGCAGUCCGUAGUAAAAUAGCCAAGUUUUACAUACACGAGUUUUAUUUAAACGGUGGUUUUAAAAGUGCGAUACUUUUAAGUAAAUGUUUCUAUAUGAUGAGUUCGUAACGGUUAGUUUUUGCAGUACGAGCUAUAUUAAAUACAGAAUACAGGCGUUUAUGGCUAAGUUCAAAGCAGUACGUGCUCUGACCUAGCCAAGUAAUUUAAACGCAGUUGAAGUAUCCGAUUGCCGUUCUCCACCUGAAUGUUCUAGAGACUUGUUUAUACCAGCGCAGCAUUUCUUGUAGAAAUUACAUUAAUAGCACUGCUAAAUGGAAUCACCGACAAACAAAAGCCUACUUUAAGGCAAAGAUCACCUAAGAAUUCAAGCAAAAUAGCGUAACGCUUGUUGGUUCUAAAACCUGCCGCUUCUAGUUGACACAACAUUAAUUCAUUCCCUGUUUGCAUACGAAUACAAAUGGUCGAACGGAUUCGUCCAAAUAACUGAAUAAACCACAAUAUAUACUCCUCAAUGUCGCUUUAACAAUUCGAGGACCGUUUUUUUACAGUGAUUAUAAGGCUCUUUGGCUUAUUCGCUUUUCGCUGAACGAAAUCCCAUCGUCAGGCUGCAAUAGCUCCUUCACACUCCUGUUGAUCGCAUCUUCUCCAUAUCAAGUAUAAUAUCGGGAACAAAUGUGCACAAUUCGUCCAAAUAUACAACAAUGAUCCACGCUCAAUUAUUUCAAUGUCCUUUUAACAAUUCUAAGUCCAUUUCUUGCGGAUGAUAUUAUCAGUGUUCUUCAGAAUAUUUCCAUUUAUACAAAACCCAUCUCUAUAAUUGAUGUGUCGGGAAAAAAAUUCCCCUUACUAGUACCCUCUAGAACAUUCCAAACAUAUAUGUAAAAGGCACUUGGAACAAAAGUAAUACUAAGUAAGGGAGGUAGGAGUAACGUGUUAAUCGGACUUUAAUGAAUAAAUUAAUGAGAAUCGAGUGAGUGAGUGAGUGAGUGAUCGAGUGCCAUUCGAGUGCCUCCAAAAGCCCAUGGCAUGACUACGUCAUCCAUGAGCUAAAAAUGGUAUAAUUCUCACUUCCUUGUCUAGGAACUUUUUCACUGAUUUAAGGAAGGCAUCCGUGGACAUGCCGAAGCCGCAGUUUGCAAGCUCAAUUAGCCAAUCUGCAAACGACUUUUUUCUUCACUUUUUAUUUAAAUAAAAGCUUGGGGAAGGGACCUCAAUCCGACGGUCAAAGGUCACUCUCCUAUUUAGUCUGACCUGCAGUGUUGAUUUCUUCAUGCUCAGUCCCCACAAUAAGCCUGCUUUUCUAGCACUAAUUCCUCCUUCUUUCACAUCUCUCCAUCCCUUUGUGACAUUUUUCAGACCGUUGCAACCCCAUUCUAGCAGUCACAACUGGGGAAGGUAUGAGAAUUUCAGGUUCAACUCAGACGCUUUCGGUUAUGUAUAGAAAAUGCAGUCACGCGAAACAAGCCGUGCACACGAAAUCAAGUCGCCUCUGAAUGAGUGAAAAUUUCCAUACGGAGUUGAGAAGAAUUACAUUUUACGACUAUAUCAUAUAUCAAAGCUUUAAUUAUAGUUACUGAUAUGAAAUAAAUCUUAUCCGGAUAAUGCACACAGCUAAUUCAUCGAUUCUAUAAAGCAAAGAAAAAACUGUCCAGAUACAGGGCACCUGACAUCAAUACUUAGUGAAUGUUUCCGGCCUCCGUUAUUCCAAACAAAUCGAAUUUCAAGAAGAAUUAAUAAACUUCCUGAAAACCCGACUUCCUUAAGUAUCUUCACUUUAAAAAUAAAACAGUUUCAUUGAAAAUAUCACACAUUAUCCUCCCUUUUCUGAGCAGCACUAAUUUUACUGCGCAGUAAACAGGGUAAAUAUUAGCCAUGAAAAGUUUACUCACCUGAACAGAACGGCGUCUUCUGCGACUGUUUCGCAAGCUUUCAAAUCGCCAAAACUUUCAUCUUAAAGCUGAAAUGUUCAGCUUUCAUUCGAAAUACUUCGUUUACCGAGAACUGAAAAGGGCCCCUCGAAAAUUGAGUUUUUGUUUCAAGUGUCCAGAUACCGGUACCGUCCGGAUACUGGGCAACAUACUGUACUUACUAAUAAAUAGAAAACUGAAAUUUCUUUUGCCUUGAAGAUUAAUUGAUUCUAAAACAGUCUUUUUCAUGUGUUACAACCGUAAGUUGUUUUUAUUAAUCUUAAGUUUAUGGUUGUCUUUUUUAGGAUUCUGAAACACAUGGUAAGUUUAUCGGUUUUAAAACUGCAUGGUCAUAAUUUAGAUGCACCAUAAUUAAAUUAGUAUACGUUCUGUCUGAACAUAGUAAUUAGUAUAGGAAGCUGGUUAUGAAAGGUAGCAGUUAAAUCCAAGAUAAAAACAACUUUGCUGCUAUUUAUGCUGGAAGAUCCGUUACUGGGCACAAUUGAUGUUUGAUUUAAUGAAUUAAUUCAAACGUUUUAUUGGUCAAUGAGAUGAGAAUGAUAGGAAUGCCAGUGAACCUUGUGCACCGUCGAAAGAGUCCCAAAAACAAGUAUACCAUAUUUCCUGGAAUAAUAGCCCGUCCCUCGAAUAAUCGCCCCCUUUGAUGGAAAUGUUUAAAAUAAUCGCCUCCGUCGAAAAAUCGCCCCCUCCCCACCCCUCUAGCCAUCUUCUCUUCUCUUAUCCCCUCCCUGUCAAGUUGACGUAGAAUCUAAUCCAGCAAAACCGAUCAGUGACGAUUCAAGCUCUCAAAAUUGAUCAAGGAACCAAAUUUGGAACACUUAAAAAAAGCCCAUGUUCAGUUUAUUUGAUGUGAUAAUUUUUUGUUUAACGGAAUGAUAAAACAAAAUAUGUAGGGCAUGAUUUCCAGUGACCAGUGUUUGAAAUAAUCGCCUACCUCGAAUAAUCGCCCCCGGCUAUUAUUAUUAUUUAAGGAGUUUGACGGGCUUGAUAACCAUUCCACUCUGUUAACUAUGGUCUAAAGCAGUAUUUUCUGAGGAUCUCCGAGGAUGGGCUUACGCACGUGUUCCCCUCACGCGCUAUAUAUGACGUUACCGAAAAAAUUAAACGGCGCCUGCCACGCAGGCUAAGGAUUUCUAGGUCUUUCUAGGCUAAGUUCGCCUUGGAUUUUCGAUUUUGAAAGCGGUGGAAAACUGAGAAGAGCAGUUAAGUUGGUCAGAAAGGUGGGAAAGCGAAAGGGCCAAGUGGGGUGUGGGGUAGGGAGGAAGAAAAUACCCUUUCGUGGCCCUUUACCUCAGUACUGGGACUCGUGCUUUACUUGUAGGGCUUCCUUCUAACCGUCUCACCCCUCCUGCCUAAGGAACUACGUGUGCAUCGUCGGCCACUGGCAGUAGAAAUAAUCAUGUAACGGUAAACGCAAGUUAGUUAGUAAAACGUGUUCGGAAAUACAGGCUCUAGUCCUUCGGGUCUGCUAGCUACCUUCCUGAUGAGACGGAACAAAUUAUGAGGUCAAGAGAACGCAUUGGUUCCAAAGCCAGCCGUCUUUUCGGGAGGGAAAGACUGGAGCUGAGAGAGCGGCGGAAAUCGAGCCUAGAGAACGCUCAUAACAUACCCCUUUGGGGAUUGGAAUUUCACAACUCACAAAAUAUCCGUCCUUGUAUACAGUGAAACCCCGCCUUACGACCACCUCGGUAAUACGGUCAGUGUUAUUAGGGUCACUUUUUUUCGCCGCCUGGUGAAACGGCAAUGCAUUUUCUUGUAAAAAAAACCCUCGUUAAUACGGUCACGCGUUAAUACGGCCAAUUUUUUGGAAGUUUAAGUUUCAAGUCUAUUAAAACACGUUGGAUACAUAUCAUAAUUGAUCCUUGCCCGCAAAACAGCCUUGCCCAUUGGUGACCGUAUUAACUGGGUUCCACUGUAGGUACAUGUUUGGCCAUCCAAAGAGAUGUCUAUAUUCACUUGAGUUAUGUUUUUUUUUUUCAAUAGAGCCAAUAAAGAUAUCCAAGCAUCCAAAGUCGCAAACUGCUAAAGAAGGAUCAAAAGUUGAGCUAGCAUGUAAGCUUGAAAAAAAGAGCAAGAAUUUCAUGUAUCAGUGGUUUAAAGAUGAUGUGGCAUUAAUUGGGCAGGAUAAAUCUGUCCUUGAUCUGAAUCCUGUUCAGCUGCGGGAUUUUGGAUGUUACAUGUGUCGUGUGAGCUAUAAAGAUUUAUUCGGAGAGGCCGAAAAGUCAAAACCUGCAAGACUUGACGUCAUCCCUCAUCCGGGUCUUAAUGGAAUGAGUGAGUAUCGGCGGCGUUUUGGUCUUGUUUUGACAUCAUUAGGGAACAUAAGCACCAGACGUUCUUGAUUCACGAACGGCAUGGUUGGCCGCACAGAACUGGAUCGGGGACGCGGUUUACGCGCCAAAUGUUAAGCAAACCAACGUGAAACCAUCACGAACGCGGACAGAAUAAUUCAGUUGAAAAUGUCUUUCAAAGUUUCUACUACGCCUUUAAAGUUCUAACAUAACAAAAGAACAUACAAGGAUUGGAAACUGUUAUACUGGACAUCAAAUAUUAACAAUUUUAACUGUGUUCAUACUCACGUUUCUGAACCUCUGGUUUCAACCUGAGAACUCGCGUUUUGAAGUCCGUGACUGCAGCCCAAGAACGUCUUGACAUGCGCAGUGGUUGUCAUCCUGCAAAAAUACUUCCGGUUGGCGUCCCUGGUACCAAGAACGUCUGGUGCUUAAGUUCCCUAUUAACAAUGAAGACGGAAGCCACCAGGAAAUUCAGUAAUAUUACUUCUCAGUGGACAAAAACCUUGUUACUUGUACCAGAUUAAUCUUAAGAAUAUUGCAUUCUUUUUUACAUUUUACAGGGCUCAAAGUUAGCGACUAACUGGUCGCAUAUGCGACUGGAUUUUUGGUUGUGCGCCUAAAAAUUCAUUUGUAAUCGCACCUGUGCGCCGUAAAACCCAAAGCACAAAGCGACUGACUUACUUCCGACUAUACUAACGAACUCGAACUAGAAAGACGGUGUAUGUUUAAUUGGUCUUUUCUCCCAAUGGAUUCUACGAACUCGAAUGUUCUUUUUCGUUUCGAUGUUUUACUCCAUCCCAGACUCUUCUGUUUUGUAAUAAACACCGCUGACACGUGCAAAUAUAUGCUACGAACGAAACACGUACGUUUUGCGCAAUGGACGAUCAUGUCGAACGUUCAGUUUUAACGUCAAUCAGAACAAAAACAGUGCGGAUUAAGAGCCUUUUUUCCAGGUAAGAAAGAUUUUUAAGUCGUAUUCCAGUUACAUGUAAGUCAUUGCGCAUUUAACAAAUUCAUUAAAGAUUAAUUUUCAUUCUCGUUCGACACACUCAUUGUUGUCAGUUUUGAAUUGUUUUUCAAGUGUAAGUGUUCUUUAGUCACAACUGUACUGUCAAAAAGAGAAAUUAGUAUUAAAAAUCACAACAGUAUUACCGUGUAGCAAAUCGGCUGUGUUUUAUCAAUCGCAGGACUGAAGUAAAAGUAACAAACUGAAGAUGACAAAUAAACGUGGCACUGUUAAGCUUUUUACUUUUUCUUUUGAAAUAGAUGCUCCCAACAUUAUAAGCUUUGCUCCUAAAAUUUUCAGCCGUGCGCCUAAAAUUUCGGCAGUGCGCCUAAAAAUUUACAUCUGGUAGCACAAGUGCUCCCAAACUCAAAUUUAAACUUUGAGCCCUGAAAUUUUGCAAGGGCUAAAGAUGUAAGUAGUCAUCUGUAAUAACACCAAAGAAAAUGUGUCAUGGGAGUCCGAGAAAAGGAAUAUCAAAUUUCACAAGAGUUGUAAAAACACAGAAAAAAUUCUGAAAGUUUCAUGUGUAAGAUGUAAUUUUUUUAAUACCUUUUUCACACGGGCCCGGACAAAUUUUUGAAGGAGGCAAAAAAUGCAUGGAUCCGCCUGUCGUUUACACGGGACCCAAGGAGCCCAGCAAGUUUUUGAGCCUUAUUACGUGUACAGAGUCUUGAAUUCUUGAAAAAGUGUUGAAAUUUGCUCAGAAAUUUUCCAGACGCGGAAAAAGUCUGGAAAACUGUAAGAGGUUUUUAGUUUUGUAAGUGAAUUUUUUGGGGCGGAGGGGGGGGGGGCAAAUCUUAUUCAAUAUCGCCCAUACGUUUGCAGCGCGUCAUGAAAAAAAGCAUUGUUCUUGCGUGUUUUCAAGGUCUGUAUUGAUCAGCUUUUUGAUAACCUUGAGUCUGGAAAAAUGGAUUAUCGUUUUGGAAAAAGUCUGGAAAAGUCUUGAAUUUUGGAUCCAAAAUCUGUAGGAGCCCUGUACGCGUCUUUGGUUUAAAAAGCCAUGCUAACACUAACAUUGGCAAAAAUUUGUGCGGACUCGUACAUCUGUAUGAACACUACUGUAACACAAUUUACACGGUUCCGGUUCCGUGUAAACGGGUUACGCAGGUAAAAAAUUCUUCUGUUCAAAAAUUUGUCCGCACCCGUUUAAAAGGGGUGAAGGGUCCACUACGCUGAGGUCAAGUCCAUUGUUAUAUUCGCCUCUUUCACGUUACCUAUAAUACAGCUUGUUCAAGGCAAAUAGCUUGUUGGUCUCUGUAUCAAUCACUUUCUGCCGCUUGCAGUCUGAAUGGUCAAUAAAACUUAAUUAGCGUUCAUAGUUUGCUGUCGUGCUGAUGUGACAAAUGCUGUACUUUUGAAUCCUUGCAUACAAUUUAAAUGACCUUAUGUGCCUUAAAAUUGCCAAAAAAAAACUUAUUACCCUUACUCGUUUUCAGGACUGAAACGUCUGGCAGAGUUAGACGUAGGCAUCAUGGACCGUGUGGCAUUGCUACUGGAAACAAGGAAACAUGGUUGUGGAGACUGGAGAAGAAUUGGAUCUAAACACGACAUGGAAGACCCCGACAUUGCAGCUCUGGCUAAUGCGCCAUCAAAUGCCGGUGAUCGUGGAAAAGCAGUCUUGGACUUUGUGAAAGCGACCAAGCCAAAUUUGACCGUCUAUGAUUUUUGCAAAACGCUGAAAGAGGACAAUUUUAAGAGGUUGGAUAUUGUAAAGGAACUAGAGAAUCACUUUUUAGUUUCCAUUGAAUCAGAUGGACAGUGAAUCCGGGUGUAUCCGAGAUUCAGUUUUGAUGGUUUCAUUCAUUACUGCCAAGAAAUUAAUAGCCACAACUGAACAGCUUUGUUUAUUUUGAACAACUCAUCUGAUGAUGUAAAAUUUUAGACGGAUUUCACUGGAAAACGUGAAAUUUGCUUAUUACAGACUCUGGGAACGAGAUUGAGAUCUCUGUGACCAGAUGGUAUUAAUAACAUAAUAUAAAAUCAAGCCAAUUUCCUCAACUUAUCUAUAUAGAAAAACGGAGAGGAUGGUAAAACAUAAAUGGUUUUCCCUUUUUCUUAAUUUCAAAGUUUUGCGAGGUACAGAACUUCACUGUAAGCAAACUUAGAUUCGGAUAAUUUAUUUUGGGGAGAUACCGUCGUCGGGAUGGUAGCUUAAGUAACAGCGUUUUUGAGCGACGGACGUUAACCGGAAGUGGACUUUUUGCAUCACUGACCAUGGGUAGUGGUUUGGUUGAAAAUCUCGGGUAAAUCGUCCUUAUAAGAGAAAAUAAACUUAGUAAUACAAAUUUGUACGCGUUAAGGAGAGGGCCUCACUUCCGGUUGACGUGCGUCGCUCAAAAACGUCUUUGCUUAAGUUCCCUAAUGAGCUUUAGCAACGACGACGGUGACGGCAACGAGAACGGCCAAAAAGCAAUCAAUAGGUGUGAUUAGCAAAACAAAAACUUUGCUCGUGCAUCACACUAUUUUGUACAUUUCUUUGCUGUCACUGCACUACUACAACGUAAAACUGCCUAAUUUUACGUUUAGUGGAGAACGUCAACAAACGACGACGAAUUUUUCUCUCGGCUCCUUCUAAACUUGAGUCCGGUCGCCAAGAAAUCAACUCCAGGGAAAUUCGCCGAAAAAAAAACGCGCCGAAUUCAUUUUAAAAGUGACCGUUUGGUGCCGUUGCCGUCGUCGAUGCUUAAGCUCCCUAAUUGGAAAAAAUAAAGGAAAGACAGAAAGAAACUAUAUGUCCAAGCGAUUCGGAUUUCGAUAAUAACGCCAUUUUAACGUACAGCCUAGAAACACAUUCAUCUUUUGAAUCUACCAUACAUAAUUAGGAAAAAGUAUUACUUUUUAUCGGCUUUUUAACGUGUAAAUAAUAAUUUUUAGAGAACUGUUUUAGAAUUAGGCUAAUUUAGUUUUUAAGAUGUAUGUAAAUAUAUUUUUGUCUAUUAUAUUUUUUCUACCACUAUUUUUUUAUGACCUAAGGUAGACUCCAGUUGUGAUAUAUUUUUGACCAUGGGCGAAAAUACUUAGUUCCAUACAGAAAUUGACAUUAAGAAAUUGAAGACAUAAUGUAGGACGCUAACAUAUUUACUGUAAGAACUUGAAGUAAUUGAGUAGAUUGAAAGGAGGUAUUUUUUCACUCAAGAGUUUUACAUAGUUGUACGUGCGCGCGGCAAACCAAUUGUUUUAUCAUUAUUUAACAGACUGUAGCUGGUCUAAAACGAAAAAAUGAUCU